AUGGGUAGUAUCUUCAGGGACUUCCAGCAGGCCCAGCGGGAAGGGCUCGGCGGUCUUUUGGCUUUGAGCCUGGCGCCCAUCAACACCCCCGAAGAACCCAGCCGACUGAGUUCAUUUGCUCAACUAAGCAACUAUCAGACAAUCUCAUCAGAUGUGAGAUAUCAUCUGAUUCAAGAUCGCAAUGCAACCAAACUCCCGAAGGCGGAAGCAAAUGCAUGGGUCGACAUUUUUGUCGCUCUCUGGAAAACCGUCAAGGAAUUAGUGGCCAUUCAACGGGAUGACGGGAAUGGUGAUUGGUCGAAAGCGUUCGAAGCCUACAAAGAAGUAUGCAAUCUUCUAGUAAGAGGAUAUACAAACUUCGGCUUUCAAGCCUGGACCGUGCCAUGCCUUAGUAUCACAGGCAAGUACCUCAGGGUUAUAGCCAUCAAAGCAGACGCCGAAGGAAGAGCAAAAGACCCUCAUGGAGACGUCUUUGCGAACGGCUUUUCGGACGAUAUCAUGGGGGAUACCAACAAAAACGAGAAGCUCGAAGCAGCAGCAUGGACAAUCAACCGCAUGUUUACCGUUUGCUUAAGUGAUCGGUCGGACCUAUCGGAGUCGCGAAAAUGGGGCAUUUACAGCACUACCAACCUUCUUUUCAAGACCUAUUUCAGGCUCAACUCAAUUUCCUUGACUAGGAAUGUGCUUCGUGCUUUGGAAGCCACUGGUGGUGACCUACCCGAACUUGACCGUUUUCCGAAAUCCCAGAGGUGCACUUUUAAGUACUACCGUGGAGUCAUCGAUUUUCUACAAGAGAAUUACACUGAGGCGGAAGACAAUCUUACAGAGGCACUGAAUCUUUGUCAUAAGGACUCCCUGAGAAAUCGUGAGCAGAUCCUUACGUACCUCAUACCAGCACAUGUUGUCAACCACCACCAGCUUCCCAACAAUGCCAUUUUGUCGCCUCAUCCAGUUCUACAACAGAUCUUCGCUCCAUUGUUCGCAGCCAUUCGUAAGGGUUCUCUUGCAUCUUUCGAUGCUCACCUAUCAGCUUCGGAGCCGGAACUGGUGAAAAGGCGGAUCUACCUUACCCUCGAACGAAGCAGAGCCAUCUGCAUGCGUAACUUAUUCCGAAAGGUGUUCCUAGCUGCAGGAUGGGAAGAAACCAAAGAUUCAACGACCGGUGAAGUGACAGGAAAGAUUCGGCGAACUAGGGUUCGUAUCGAGGAAUUUGAGGCGGGAAUGCGCAUUGGCUACAAGGGAGCAAAUGAUGUGAUAAUUGAUAGGGAUGAGGUUGAAUGUUUUCUGGCAAACAUGAUCUAUAAGGUACGUUGCAGAUUCUCAAUAUUUGGUUUGCGUCCACAAUCGACUGGUCAAAGGCAAUGGAUAUAA